AACUCACCACUAAUCAAAAUUAAAGGAGCAAAAUAUACAAUUACUUUUCUAAAAGUUCAAAAUGUUUGUAAAAAUUAAUGUUGCAUCAUUCCUAAUUGCACUUUUUGUGGUACUAACUGAGGGUCGUAAUGUGAUAGAGAGAUUUGAUGAAGAUUAUGAGGAUUCAAUUGGAACUAAAUGGGCUGUGUUAGUAGCUGGAUCAAAGGAAUGGUAUAAUUACAGACACCAGGCUAAUUUAUGUCACGCUUAUCAACUGCUGAAGAAAGGAGGCCUAAAAGAUGAACACAUUAUUGUAUUCAUGUAUGAUGACAUUGCCAAUAAUCCCGAAAAUCCUAGACCUGGAGUUAUCAUAAAUAACCCACAUGGUCAUGAUGUGUACAAAGGAGUACCCAAGGAUUACACAGGAAAAGAUUGUAAUGCUCAAAACUUUUAUAGUGUUAUCUUGGGAAACAAAAGUGCUUUGACUGGAGGCAGUGGAAAAGUUGUAAACAGUGGUCCAAAUGAUUAUAUUUUCAUUUACUAUACUGAUCAUGGUGCACCUGGGCUAGUUGGUAUGCCUGAAGAUCCACCGGUCUAUGCCAUAGACCUCAACGAGGUGUUGAAAAAAAAACAUGCUUCUAGGACUUAUAAAAAAAUGGUAUUUUACUUGGAAGCGUGCGAUUCUGGAAGCAUGUUUGCCGACCUUCUUGAUGAAGGUUUAAAUAUUUACGCAACGACUUCAUCAAAACCCGAUGAAGAUGGUUGGGCUACGUAUUGUUAUUUCACCGGUGAUACAUCUUGCUAUGGUGAGUGUCCACCAAAAGACUUCAAGGAUAAUUGCUUGGGAGAUUUGUUCAGUGUUUCUUGGCUCGAGAAUAGUGAUUUGCAUGAUCUACAAGUUGAAACUUUGGAAAAGCAAUAUCUACGGAUUCAUAAAAGAGUGUUGAAUAAUGGCACACAUGGUUCCCAUAUGAUGCAAUAUGGUGAUUUACAUAUAAAUAAGGAUGCACUCUCCAUAUAUAUGGGUUCUAAUUCCCCAAAACAUACUUCGUCUGCCAAUAAUAACAACGCCUCAAACUCAAGACAUGUCAAUCAACGCGAUGUUCAACUCUUGUAUCUCAUAUCCAAGUUUCAGAAUGCUCCGGAAGGGUCUAGAAGAAAAAAUGAAGCUUAUAGGAAACUAAGUGAAGUUAUAUCAGAAAGAGAACAUGUAGACAAGAGUGUAAAACAUAUUGGACAAAUUUUAUUUGGAGUUGAGAAUGGUCAAAAAGUGCUCAACAUUGUUAGACAACCCCUUGUUGAUGAUUGGCAUUGUCUUAAAUCCUUUGUGAAGAUAUUUGAGUCGCAUUGUGGAUCAUUGACUAGCUAUGGUAAAAAACACAUUCGUGGAUUUGCUAAUAUGUGUAAUGCUGGAAUUCAAAGGGACCAAAUGGAUGCAGCUGCUAAACAAACAUGUUCUUCUUAAUUAAGGAAUUAACUAAUUACUGAUCAUGUAGCUUUUAUUAAGCAGCUUCAUCAUUAUUAUUAAUAAAUCGUAUGACUACUAUUGCUAAUUA